GAAGCGGGGGGCGGGGCUGAGGCCGGGGGAAGAUGGCGGCCCGAGUGCUGCUGCGGCCGAGCCUGGGGGCGGCCGGGCCUCGCGGCCUGGUCCUCAGGGGACUGGUAUCCUCAACUAACAGAGCCGGUGAAGACAGCUGGUUAAAAUCACUGUUUGUUCGCAAAGUUGAUCCCCGGAAGGAUGCUCACUCCAAUCUUCUAGCCAAAAGGGAGACCAGCAGUCUGUAUAAAAUACAGUUUCACAACGUAAAGCCAGAAUGCUUGGAAGCCUACAACAAGCUUUGUCAAGAGGUGCUGCCAAAGAUUCAUGAAGAAAAACACUACCCAUGUGCACUGGUGGGAACUUGGAACACGUGGUACGGAGAGCAAGAUCAGGCUGUCCAUCUCUGGCGGUAUGAAGGAGGCUAUCCAGCUCUCACUGAGGUCAUGAGUAAGCUCCGACAAAAUAAGGAAUUCACAGAGUUUCGCAAAGAAAGAGGUAACAUGCUGCUUUCUCGCAAGAACCAGUUGCUGUUGGAAUUUAGUUUCUGGAAUGAACCUGUUCCCAGGGAAGGGCCUAAUAUUUAUGAACUUAGAUCUUAUCAGCUGAGACCUGGAACGAUGAUUGAAUGGGGCAACUACUGGGCUCGUGCAAUUCGUUUCCGGCAGGACAGUGAAGAGGCGGUUGGAGGAUUUUUCUCACAAAUUGGACAGUUAUAUAUGGUUCAUCAUCUUUGGGCUUACAAAGACCUUCUGACCCGAGAAGAGAUAAGGAAUGCUGCCUGGCAUAAACCUGGCUGGGAUGAACUAGUCUAUUAUACAGUGCCCCUUAUUCAGGAAAUGGAGUCCAGAAUCAUGAUACCAUUGAAGAUCUCUCCACUUAAGUAAAGUCAUUGAUUUACCUGUGCCUACAUAGAUUCAAGUGACAAGUAUUUGUCUUAAAUUAAUUUUAUGGUAUACACUGUAUAUCAUAGUAAGAAAUAUGAAAGUACUGUAUUAAGCUUAUAAAGGAGACCUCUUUUCUUCAGAAUCUAAGGACUUGAUGCACUUAAAAAUUUACCAGGGAAAUAAAUGUAGGAUUAUAGUUUCAAGCUUAAUUUUCAAAGACACACCAGUUCAUCUAUGAAACUGGCUCUUAAAGCUGAGCUUUACGGUUCUUGAUAUGACUUGGUGUAUAAACUAUUUCCAAGUCUUAGCAGCAGCAAAGGGGGAGUUAUUUGUUUGGUUUAACUUUUAAAUUAACGCUGUAUUUUAAUCCUGGAAGACUGUUACAGUUUAGAUGGCUUUUGUAUGAAGGAAAAUGUGUACUGUGUUUGUAAUAACUGCAGAUCGCGAAAACAAAGUCGGUUGGUUCCUGGAAACGAGAGAGAGAAUGUCUCAGACAAAGCUCUGAACCAACGAAAUACCGCUAGCUGCUUACACUAUGGCAGGAGUUUUAUUGGGAAAAGAAUCAGUAAUCCACUCUAAACUAAAAAGUAGCUGAGAAUAUUGAAAUUGUACAAUUCAGUAGAAUUACUGAAAUGUUUUCACCUACAAUCAAAGAAUAAGUACUUGCAGAAAAUGAUACUGAAGAUUAGGUGAUAGCUUAUAAAUGUACAAACCAUAGUGGAUUCCAUUUUGAGACGGCUUUGAAGGUGACGGAAAGAAAUUGCAUCUAGAUGAUUACAUCUGGAACUAACUUUAAAUUUAUUUAAGCAAUUCUUUGGACUUUGGGCUGUAUGAUCCACAGUAUUGGAACAAUCCUUUAUAAGGAACAGUGAUGUGACAAUGUUACAAGCACUCAUGUAGCUAAAUGUAUUUAUUUCCAAAAAUAAUAGAGGUCUAAGAAAAGGGGUUUUAUUUAAUAAGCAGUCAUGACUUCAGACAUAUGCUUGGUCAGAUGUUUCACUAAUUAUACACUAGGUAUUUUGGAAAUGAUGUGUGAAGCUGAUGCAUGUUGUCGGUAGGAUUGGCAUAAAGCCACGUAUCAUUAUGUCCAGUUCUAUUUUGAUUUCUCUUUUAGACUAGGACAUACCGAUAUUUUCAGUAAAUGUAAUGAUGUGAACAUUAUGUAAGUGAAAAUAAUAUUCUCUUUAUUCAAAGUGGUUUAAGAAUCAGUGUAAUAUACAGUAUAUACAAAUCAAAUACUGAAUGUCCAAUUUGUAUAUUUCAAUGAGUUUUCUGCAAAAACAUGUCAGUCAAUAAAAUUCUUUUAAUUUUCACAUA